GCAGCGAAGUUCAUCACAGUGCUCCUCAGCUCACCUCACUGUAUAUUUUGGGUCCUUGUUUUCCAGUAGAUCGCGGAGUUUAUUUUGUAGUUGAAUUGUAUAGCUAUGGGUGGCAACAAGUCAGGCUCCGAGUCUGGUUCCGAGGACGAGAAGAAGCACAAGAAGGAUAAAAAGGACAAGCACGACAAGAAGGACAAGCACGAUAAGAAGGACAAGCACGAUAAGAAGGACAAGCAUGACAAGGAGGACAAGCACGACAAGAAGGACAAGCACGAUAAGAAAGACAAGCACGAGUCUGGGCACCAUGGAAGUGGGUCGAUUGGCUCCGCGAUCUCUGGGAUGAUCCCUGGGCAUCACGGGUCUGACCAUGGCCAUGACUAUAGCGGCAAGCUUAAGAAGGAAGAUAUCCAGGAUCUGAAGCACAGGACCGAUAUCUCUGACGAGGAGAGAGAGCAUCGUCGCAAGGUGCUCAUGGCCGAAGUGGCUGCGGGUGUGGCUGGUGCCGGCAUCCUUGGAUUUGCCGGGUAUCAAGCAUACCAGCACUUCAACAAGGGUGAUGACAAGGAGAAGGUAGCAGAACACCCGAAGGUCGUCUAAAUAGGAUCCGGCACCCUAUCCCAGAUCAAUGCCGAGGCCUUAUUUCCUGUAAUUUUGUUAAGAAAGACUGCGGGUGAAUCGUGCAGGCGGGAGCAGUAGAGUUAUGGUUCCGUGCGGACCAACCCUGAAUAUUGUACACCUUCAACAACUAUGUCCUAAUGUUCAGAUGCUUCAUCUUCAUUUAUCA